GGCUUUGUCUGAUAAAUUGAACGUAUGGAGUUUGGAGAGCAGUACCCUGUGAUUCAUUAUGUCAAAGUCCUUUUUCAGGUCAAGGAAGACUGCCCUGACCACAUUUCCCUCAUCCAGUGAUUUCUUGAUGUUCUGCAGUAGGACACAGCUUGCUGUUUCAGUGGAGUAUUUUUGUCUGAAUCCAAAUUGUUCCUGGUGCUAGUACUGAUGCUUAUCCAGAUAUGACAUUAUCUGUUCUGCUAGGACUUUCUCCAACACUUUACAUAAGACAGGCUCGAAUACAUCUGUUUGACACACAUCUCUGUGUUCAAAACAGUCAGCUUUCUUCACAUCUCUGAGUUCAAAACAGUCAGCUUUAUUGACAUCUCUGAGUUCCAAACAGUCAUCUUUAUUGACAUCUCUGAGUUCUAAACAGUCAUCUUUAUUGACUUCUCUGAGUUCUAAACAGUCAUCUUUAUUGACAUCUCUGAGUUCUAAACAGUAUUCUUUAUUGACAUCUCUGAGUUCUAAACAGUCAUCUUUAUUGACAUCUCUGAGUUCUAAACAGUAUUCUUUAUUGACAUCUCUGAGUUCUAAACAGUCAUCUUUAUUGACAUCUCUGAGUUCUAAACAGUCAUCUUUAUUGACAUCUCUGAGUUCUAAACAGUCAUCUUUAUUGACAUCUCUGAGUUCUAAACAGUCAUCUUUAUUCACACAUAAUGAAGCAUUAUGUAUAAGACAGUUCAAUUGAAGUCAGUUACACCCCUUACUGUUCAAAACAAUUAUGUUUUGUUUGAAACACAGUCAGAUGCACCAAAAAGUGCAUAGCCUAUUUGGAAACUCUAGAGUUUGGAACUGCCCUAGGCAAUGAUUAACUUGCACACAGCUGACCUAAACUAUUUGUGAAAUCCAGUUGACUUUAUUCGGCAGUAAGCAUUUGUCAGAGUCGCAUGGGGUUAUCUAUUUUGUAGGGAAAUGGGUGAACCAAAAUGUUUGUUUUUUGUUCUAUUGAUUUGGUGUCUCGGCUCAGUGCACGGCCAAGUUUACUCCAUUUCAGCGCAAGAUUCCCAACAAAGCUGCCCAAAACCCGAACUGAAACAAGGAUAUUUUGGCUCGGAUGAAGAAACGUACCAACAUGGCACGGAACUUUACUAUGCCUGCGAAAAAGGUUGGAAACCUGCGGUUGAGGGGUGGUGGGCGAUGGUUAAGUGUGAGAACAGAAAAUGGUCCCACACACCUCAGUGCAUAGGUGAUGAGGCCUCACCCAAUGUCAGACCCUCUGCCAGACCACAACCUGGUGGUCCAUUUUUACCUGUUGAUAGGUGUGGAGAGAAGCCAACAGUUGAUAAUGGGGAUUUUAUCAGUGACUCUGACAGAAAUCGAAUGGCACUGACCUUCACAUGCAUUAACUAUUAUAAACUUGUGGGCUCAGAGCAAGUGAUGUGUCAUAAUGAUCAAACGUGGUCAGAGCUCCCCAUUUGUAAAGCUCCCUGUACCUUGGACAAAAACAAAAGGACUUUUGACAUGCUGGAUCUUACAAAAGAUAUGUUUGUGAAGGAAGGAGAGAGUCAGACAUUUCUCUGUAAAAAAAAUGAUAAUUGGAAAUCACCUUCUGCUGCUGAUGUUCGAUGUCAGAAUGGACAAGUGACAAUUGGCAGAUGUGCAUUGGGCUGCAUACUGGACACAUGGAAUCAUCAUUGGCUGGAUCUUACACAGGAUAUGUUUGUAAAGGAAGGACGUCAGACAUGGAACUGUAAUCAAAAGGAUUACACUGGUCGUCAUCUUGUUGCAGAUGUUAAAUGUCAGAGUGGAUAUUUAACCGUAGGCGGUUGUAAGUCUAAUGCAACAGUAGGAUAGAGAAGUUGCUUUUACAUUUGGUUCAUAAUACGGAAUCUGUCUCAUAACACAGGGGGUUAGUAGGGGAGCAGAGAGGAAAGGAGGCCCACCAUCUUAGGAUAGGAGGCUGUCUGACAAGAUUCAGACAGUCAUUCUGAAUGAUUCAAAAGAAAUGAAAAAUACAUGUGGAACAUAAUAAUGGGAAGGUUGAUGAAACAGUUGAUCAGCAAAACAUUUGAUAUUGAACCUCUAUUCAUUUAAAGCAGCAAACUACUGGUAGUCAAUGGGAGUCAAAUCAAUAGAAUGUACAGUAUACAAUGGACAUGGAUGCAUGUAGAAAAUGUCAUGGCUUGGAUCUAUAAAAGAGAUAUAAUCAGA